AUGGUUCCUGUUCCGCACUACGCCAAGUCCGUCGCUCUUAAGAACUCGACGUCGCACCCAGUGACGGUGGUGGCGACUUUCGGCUCCGACGAAUUCGAGGCUGAGGGCAAGGCCAAGAUCAAGGAGACGUGUGAGUUGGCUCCGGGGGAGGAGAAGACCAUCCAAGAGCGCGAGUACGACAUGGGCGGCUGGACGGCCACGGCUGCGCUCUUCUCGCUAGAGGUGGAGCACUCGACGAACAGCAAGCUGCUGGGCAAGACGCUCUACACGCCUAGCGUCAGCGGCAUAGUGGACGUGCUACACGUCGAUAUUGGAGCGGACGAAGAGGCCAAGAACUUCAAGGUCGCGGCUGUGCGCGAGGCCUAA